AUGGAUCCUGAAGAUGAGAUAUGUGGUGAGACAUGGGGGACGAAAUCCUCGUUGUCGAAUUCGUUACAAGAGAAAUCAGCAGAUUUUGGGUCACAACAGCAGCUUCAGAAGAAGUGGGACAACAACAACAGCUCCUGUAUCAUGGACUAUGGAUUCAGGAUUGGCCAACAACAACCGCCAUUCCGAGAACAGAUCAACAAUUCGAUACAAGGCAAGAACAGCAACGACAACAAACCCCCUGAGUGGGAUCCAAGUGCAAUGCUUAACAAUCUCUCUUUCUUGGAACAAAAGAUCCAUCAGCUCAAUGACAUGGUCCAUUUGAUAAUCACCCGAAAAGGCCGAGUUCCCAGCAAACCGGACGAGCUCCUGACUCAGCAGCAGCAGCAGCUCAUAACUGCCGAUCUCACCUCCAUCAUUGUCCAGUUGAUAUCCACCGCUGGUACUCUGCUUCCAUCCGUCAAAACAAUUGGACAGUUCAGCCAGUUCACACCGAAACCAGCUGCUGUUUCUCCAGAGCAGCAACAUCAGCAGCCUAACAACAGCAUGGAUGUCGACCAUAACUAUACCACUGAAGAGCACGAAGAACAUGAGGACGGUGAAGCCGAGCACCUCCCACCUGGCUCGUACGAGAUUCUACAGCUCGAGAAGGAAGAAAUCCUGGCCCCGCACACUCACUUCUGCACUAUAUGCGGGAAGGGAUUCAAGCGAGAUGCCAACUUGAGAAUGCACAUGAGAGGACACGGGGACGAGUACAAGACCCCUGCAGCCCUCGCAAAGCCUCCAACGAUAAAAGAAGUGAGCUCAGCCGCUGCAGAGCCAGUGAUGAUCAAGAGAUACUCGUGCCCUUUCUCGGGCUGCAAGCGGAACAAGGACCACAAGAAGUUCCAGCCUCUCAAAACGAUCCUCUGCGUCAAGAACCACUACAAGAGGACUCACUGCGACAAGAGCUACGUCUGCAGCAGGUGUAACACCAAGAAGUUCUCGGUCAUGGCCGACCUCAAGACCCACGAGAAGCACUGCGGGAGGGACAAGUGGCUUUGCUCGUGCGGGACCACCUUCUCGAGGAAGGACAAGCUGUUCGGGCAUAUCGCGCUGUUCCAGGGACACACCCCAGCCAUUCCUCCUGACGAAACCAAGACAGUCGUUGCUCUUGCACAUACUGAUGAUCCUGCCGCUGAUGGCGGUGGCCUUGGAGAUCAAGCUCUCAUGGACUUCAAGUCGGUUGAUGAUCCUGUUGGUGCAGCCGCUGUGGCGAGCUGCUUCUCCCCUUUGAACUUCGAUUCGUGCAAUUUCGGUGGUGGGUUUCCGGAUUUCAAUCGACAGGGGUUCGACGAUUCUGAGGCUUCGUUCUCGUUUCUUUUGUCCGGCGGGUCGUGUAAUUACAGCAACCAGAAUACUGGAGGGGAAUCCUAG